AUAUUGUAAAUACUCUCUAGCCCACUGAAUUCUUUGCUUUGAAUGAGCGGCUAGUGAAAGCCGUAAAAACAGGUUGUUUGCAUUGUACUGCAAUAAUGGUUGGAGAGAAAAAAGUCGAAUAUUUAAUAGUUGAUACGAGUGCAUUCAUUAAAAAUGUGCCGCUGCAGGACAUUGGCCAAAAUAUUCUAACGGAAGAAGCAGUCGUCGAUGAGAUUACUAAUAGAAGGCAGUUACGGAGGCUCGUUGUACUUCCGUAUGACCUGAUCAUAAGGAAUACUUUUUCAGAAAAUGUUGCUUUUGUUACUGAGUUUGCUAAGAAAACGGGAGAUUAUCCUAGUUUAUCCGCUACGGAUAUUAAGGUCAUUGCUCUUACUUAUCAAAUAGAAAAGGAAACGGUAGGAACGGAACACUUAAAAACAGCACCGACAUUGAUGAGAACUAUUAAGACCAAUUUAGAGCCAGAGGAUCACCCAAAACCGGUAGCUGGAUUUUAUUUACCUAAACGGAGGAACAGAAAAGAUUCCAAUACCGAUGAUGAAUCUAGUAGCGAUAUAGAAAGCAAAACCAAUUUAGAAAAAAAAGCGAAAGAAAUAUUAAAUAGAUCACGACCACUGAUUCAAUCUGGUAGUAGUAGCAGAGAAAAUAGUUCAUCCUCCAACAGCUAUGGUUUGUCUGAAUCUGAUUACGAAACAGCUUGCUCUGAUAUAGAUGACAGUAAUGUGGUAGAAAACUUUACAAAUUUAAAUUGCAAUGUGGAUGCGUCCAAGGGUGAUACCAUAAACGAACAUAAUGUUGAUGAUAUUUUGACAUUGGUUAAAAAAGAGAAUGUAAUUAAAAAUGAUGAUAUCAGCAAAGAGAAGGAGGAAGAAGAAGAAGAAGAAGAUUCCGAUGACGUUGGCACGGAUCAUGGAUGGAUAACUUCCAGUAAUAUAGCCCAUGUUAAAAAGCAAAUGAAUUCGGACAUUCUUGAAGAAAAACCUGCCAAAGUUGCUUGCAUGACUACCGAUUUUGCCAUGCAAAAUGUAUUGAUGCAGAUUGGACUAAACAUUGCGGCACUGGAUGGUCGUGUUAUCAAGAAUAUGAGAACGUUCAUUCUGAGGUGCAUUUCCUGUUUCAAGACAACUAGCAUUAUGACCAAAGUCUUCUGCCCAAAUUGUGGCCACGACACGUUGAAAAAAGUAGCUGUAUCAUUGGAUGACAAAGGAAACCAACAGAUUCAUAUUAACGCUCGGAAGCCUCUUUCGAGGAAAGGAAGGCGGUUCUCAUUACCGACACCUCAGGGUGGGAAGCAUGCCUGUAACCCAAUUCUUUUCGAAGACCAAAGGAUACCGGAUCAAAGACCUUCUCGAUUGGCUCGUACAAAAACCGACGCUCUCAAUGACGAUUAUAUUGCUGGAUAUUCACCUUUUGUGAUGCGAGACACAAAUUCUAGAUCUGCAAUUUUAGGUAUUCGUUCCAGAAGAGAGGCCAAACACUGGAUGAGAAAAAAUCCCAACGAAUCGAAGAAAAAACGCUGAAGUGCUUAUCGAGUCAUCAACCUUUAUAUACCCCAUUUCUUAACAUUUUCAUAGCGGUAAUAUAAGUCUUCAAAAUGAGUUUAAAAUUAAUGGCCUAUGAUUCAUUUUCCUUCCAAUUAUUGAAAAAUCUCAAAUUAUUUGAAAUACAUCACGUUGCAUUCUCAAGGACUUUGAAUAGGAUUUAGGUGUUCUAUGCACGACAUCUGUAAAAUGUUUAUAACUUUGUUACGUAUGUAUGUAUGUAUGUAGAUUAAUUACUCGCACUUAACAUCUGUUCUUUGUCUCUUACCCAUUUAUAAAGAAUAAGACAAAACUGA